UUCACUAAAAAACAAGCCCCGCCCACAAAAAGGCCAAAAGCUAAAGCGUAAGAUAAUUUACACAGAAACCAAGCUAUAAAACCAACACACAUCCCCAAACCAUCUCAAUUUUCUCUCCCUUCCCUCAAAAUGGAGGCUCCACCUGAACUACGGCAACCGGCACCGCGAAACCAACUCAAUUUUAACAACCUUAAAAGCCUCAAAGUCCUAGGCAAGGGCGCCAUGGGCACUGUCUUCCUCGUCCACGACCAGGUAUCCGAUCCUGAUGCCUGCAACCCGUUCGCUCUCAAAGUCGUAGAAAAAUCCUCAAUACACAACAAGCAAGAUGCGGACCGCCGCGCCCGGUGGGAGAUCGAGGUUCUGACCCGGUUAUGCUGCCCAAAUACCCAUCCUUUUCUUCCUUACCUCCUUGGGUCCCUCGAGACCUCCGACUUUCUCGCUUGGGCUGUGCCUUUCUGUUCCGGUGGCGACCUUAAUGUUCUCCGCCAUCGUCAAAGCGAUCGCGUUUUCUCCCCAGCGGUUAUAAGGUUUUACAUAGCGGAGGUCGUGUGUGCUCUCGAGCAUUUGCAUAACCUGGGCCUCGUAUAUCGUGAUUUGAAACCGGAGAACAUACUCAUUCAACAAUCUGGUCACGUGACUCUCACGGACUUCGAUCUUUCGCGGAGUUUGACGAGGCCGACUGUUAAAUCGUUGUUGUUUUCCGGUGAGGACCAACAAGGAGUGCUCGAUCCUGUAAACAAGAAGAAUAAGCAUCGCCGAAAUUUUACGAGGUGGAUUCUGUUGAUGCCGAAGGAUGGGAACAGUAUGAAGAAGGGGCUGAAGAAGACGAAAUCGGCCCGAGUUAGCCCGAUGAAUCGUCGGAAACUGAGUUUCUCGAAUGGUGAACGAUCCAACUCGUUUGUGGGUACGGAAGAGUAUGUUUCACCAGAGGUGGUACGUGGUGAUGGGCACGAGUUCGCUGUGGAUUGGUGGGCUCUAGGAAUUCUGACGUACGAGAUGCUGUACGGUACGACGCCGUUUAAGGGUAAGAACAGAAAAGAAACGUUUCGGAACGUCUUGAUGAAACCGCCAGAAUUCCUCGGGAAGCCCACCGCUUUAACGGACUUGAUCGGACAGUUGUUAGGGAAGGAUCCCACGAGGAGAUUGGGGUAUCAGAGAGGCGCGUGUGAGAUCAAGGAGCACGACUUUUUUAAUGGGGUAAGGUGGGACCUACUAACGGAAGUGUCACGUCCACCGUGUAUUCCGUCAAGAGAGGAGGGAGAAAUAACAGCCGCGGGGGGAGUAGAUAUACGCGAUUACUUCGAGAAAUUGAGGGCGCCACCGUCAAUGCCGCCGUCGCCGUUGCCUUCACCAUCCUCAGAGUGGCGGAGAAAUGUCUCGUUAACGGAAUUCUGACAACACCAGUGGAGAUCGGACAGAUGGAAAGAUAAUUACUCUUUUCUUUUUUUUUAGUUUUCUAAAAUAUGUAUCCGUGUACAGAGUAUAAUAAUUGGUAGAACGUGGGGGAGGGAGUCUAGUGGACAGCCAAUUAGUAGUUAGUUGUUACUCACUACGUAUCUAUCAACUAUAAAUGGUUUAGAUCCGUAUCAUAUUCAUAUACACUAGUUUAUACUGUUAUACAUAAAUAUACAUCUAUGUUUACUCUUC